CGUAACCGAAGUUCCCAACCCGAAAUUAUCCAACCCGACCCGAUUGCCAGUUUUGUAGCAAUUCGAGUGACCAAAUUUGCAAUUUAGCCAGUCAACAUCGGUUAUUAUCUGCUUAUACCGUUUAAGGUCAAGGGAAUAAAGACUGGAGAAGCCCAAUUGAUUACACCCAGAAGCCCAAUCUUCGGCAAAAUAUGAAUGACGCGAUGGGCCUAAAACCCUGAGAAAACCUCUUCUCCGUUGAGGACUUUUUGCCGCAACGCUGAAGGCAGGGAUUUCCUUCCGCCUCUCUGUUCGUCUCCGCCGAUCGACAUUCUUCCCCGUAGCUCUCAUUUUGUCAUAUACAGGUAACGUCAUCCAAACUUUUUGAAAGAGUAACCCUAACCCUAAUUCUAUCACUAUCAGAACAGCCUCAUCUAGCUGCUAGUUCCUUUUUGCUUUCAGCGGUUCCCUGCUCUUCUCAGUGGAGUUGGAGACCGGGGCAAGUUGGUGUGGUGCGGUUUUGGGCUUGGAGCUGUCUGUGUUUCUGCUCUCAUCACGCUCGAAUAUCCAAAAGAUUACGCGCUCGUGAAGUUGCAACGGUUUGCUGCUUGUGGCUUCGAGUUAUUCUUCUGGUAAGGUCUACUCCGUUUAAGCAAAGGAGAGAAUGAAUGGAAAAAUUGGAAGGCUGCAACUUGAGGAUAAUGUCACUGCAUUCGGUAGUUAGACCAAUUUGUGUUAACCAGCUUCUUUCGUGGCCUGUUCAUACUUGGAGAGAUAGAUUAGUUAUGGUUGGUUGUGCCUGGCAUUUCUAAUUGGUUUCUAAUGCUUCCUGAGUUGGUUUUUGGGUGGAGGGCAAUAAUGGUUCACUGUUGCUUAGGGCUUGCUUCGUUGUUCCUUCUCCUUUUUGUUGGUUCUGUGAUCAUGGUUUAUUACCAGUGUUUCAGUGUAUAGCACCCCUAAUUUGAAACUUCUUAUCUUCCUUGCUUUGGUUGAAUUGCAUCUCUCUUGCUUCUCUUAAUUUGAAAGUUUCCCUUCUUCCUUCUGUUGUUUUCAGAUUUAUUUUCGGAUUGACUGCUAAUAAGCAAGAUGGGUUUGGAAGAAGAAAAUGGUGGCUCUGCCAAGGAUGUGCCUCCUACGGAACAGGAAUUAUCUGCAGAGUUUGAUACUACAUUGCAGAAGUAUCUUAGAGGAGAGGGUGCUGAUCUUGAGGCUUUAAAAGAUAAAAAGUUGAAAGGCCAGCUUGCCGUUAGAGAAAAAUUAUAUGGAAACUCUGCAAAAGCUGCUGCAAAGUUUGAAAAGUGGCUUAUGCCAAGUGAGGGAGGCUAUCUGGAGGCUGAAGGUAUAGAAAAGACAUGGAGGAUCAAACAGGAUCAGAUUACUCGUGAAGUUGAUAUCUUAAGCUCAAGGAAUCAAUAUGAUAUAGUGCUGAAAGAUCUUGGCCCCUACACUCUGGAUUUCACCCCUAGUGGUCGAUACAUGGCAACUGCGGGACGUAAGGGGCAUGUGGCUAUUGUAGACAUGAAGAGUAUGGAGCUAAUUAGAGAGAUGCAGGUAAAAGAAACAGUGCGAGAUAUUGUGUUUUUGCACAAUGAGACAUUCUUUGCAGUUGCACAGAAAAAGUACCCAUACAUUUAUAACCGGGAUGGAAUUGAGCUUCAUUGUUUGAAGGAACAUGGAGCAGUGUCACGGCUACAGUUCUUGAAGAACCAUUUCCUCUUAGCAACAGUAAACAAAUUUGGACAACUCCGUUACCAAGAUGUUACCACCGGUGAGAUGAUAGGUAACUUCCGUACGGGAUUGGGACGUACCGAGACGAUGCAGGUCAACCCUUUCAAUGGUGUCAUUGCAGUUGGUCACUCUGGUGGUACGGUAAGCAUGUGGAAGCCCACCAGUGCUGCUCCCUUAGUCAAGAUGCUCUGCCAUCACGGCCCUAUUUCAGCCCUAGCAUUCCACCCGAAUGGCCAACUCAUGGCAACCUGUGGAAGAGAAAAAAAGAUCAAAAUUUGGGACUUGAGGAAAUUCGAAGUGGUUCAAACAAUACCCGGGCACCAUGCUAAGACCUUGGAUUUCAGUCAGAAAGGUUUACUAGCUGCAGGAACUGGAUCAUAUGCUCAGGUCUUAGGCGAUUUCUCAGGAUCCCAGAACUACAGCCGGUACAUGGGCCAUUCAAUUGCUAAAGGGUACCAGAUUGGAAAAGUAUCUUUCCGGCCUUAUGAAGAUGUCCUGGUGAUGGGUCACUCCAUGGGAUGGUCAUCUAUCCUCAUUCCAGGUUCAGGUGAACCUAACUUCGAUACUUGGGUUGCCAACCCAUUUGAAACGAGCAAACAGCGCAGAGAGAAAGAGAUCCACACUUUACUCGACAAACUCCCACCGGAGACGAUCAUGUUGGAUCCUUCCAAGAUUGGUACAGUGAGGCCAUACAAGAAGAGGGAGAAGCCCACGAAGGAGGAGAUUGAGGCAGAGAAGGAGGCUGCAGUUGAAGCAGUCAAAGACAUUGCUUUGAAGAAGAAGACCAAAGGUAGGAAUAAGACUAGCAAGAGGGUGAUGAAGAGAAAGGUGCUGAUCGACAAAGCGAAGAAGCCUUUCAUUGAGAAGGAAAUGCAGGAGGCAGGUAAAGUUGCUGGGAAGCGAAAACUCGGAGAGGAAACCGAACUGCCUGCGUCUCUGAAGAGAUUCGUGCGCAAGAAGGCUGCAGUGUAGUAGCCUAUCCUAGUAGGUGUUUUUCUGUUCAAUUCUUCCCACACAGGGUUUCGCUAUUCG